CCAGAGCAGUUCAAAUUUCACACCAGAGAAGAAGAAGAAGAGGCCAAAAAUGUUGAAAUCCAGUAACCUUCACAGCCUGAAAUCUUUGAAACACCAUGUAGACAUGGCCUCAAGUUUCAGGGCGCUUACAACCUCGUCUUCCUUGCUUCUCAAGCAACCCUAUCUCCUCGGCACUCAGUCCACCGCUCAAUCUCCUCUCCUCCCAACUCCAUACCAAUCCUCAGUCCGUACUUUUUUUAGUUCCAGAGACCCAAGACGUGCUCACCAGAUUAAGCCUCCCAGGAACAAGAUUAUCCAAAUCGUCCCUGAGAAGAGAGCUUAUCUAAUUGAAAGGUUUGGAAAGUUUCAGAGGAUUCUUAAGCCUGGAAUCAACUUUCUCGUUCCUUUCAUUGAUAAGAUUGCAUACGCACACUCCUUGAAAGAAGAGGCUAUUCCCAUUGGUGACCAAUCUGCUAUUACCAAAGACAAUGUUACUAUCAGCAUUGAUGGGGUGCUUUAUGUGAAAGUUGUCGAUCCAGAGCGAGCUUCUUAUGGUGUUGAACAUCCUAUUUAUGCUAUCACUCAGAUUGCGCAGACAACAAUGCGUAGUGAGCUUGGGAAAAUGACACUUGACAGGACUUUUGCUGAAAGAGAUGCAUUGAAUGAGAAGAUUGUGGAUGCUAUCAAUGAGGCUGCUACGAGCUGGGGCUUACAGUGUCUUCGGUAUGAAAUCAGAGACAUAUCGCCACCUAAAGGGGUGAGAAGAGUGAUGGAGAUGCAAGCUGAGGCGGAACGCAAGAAGAGGGCUCUAGUGCUUGACUCGGAAGGUGAGAGGCAAUCCAACAUUAACAUCGCUGAAGGGCAGAAGAACUCAGUGAUUUUGGAAUCGGAGGCUGCAAAGAUGAAUCAGAUAAAUAGAGCACAUGGCGAGGCAGAGGCAAUUCUUGCCAGAGCCAAAGCCACGGCACAGGGAAUUGAGGUGGUGUCAAAGGCUAUUCAGGAAAGUGGUGGUUUAGAGGCUGUGAGUUUGAGAAUUGCUGAGCAGUAUAUUGAUGCAUUUAGCAAGAUUGCUAAGGAAAGCACCACAGUGCUCCUACCUAGCAAUGUCUCUGAACCAUCUAGCAUGAUGGCUCAAGCUCUCACCAUGUACAAGAACAUGAUUGGGAAUGUUCCCAGUAAUGGGCAGAACACGUGGGGGAAUGAUUAAAGUGAUGGCGAGAUUUCGAACUCCACAGAAAGUAGCAAAGAAUAGUCCUGCUGGUCAUUUUUAUCUGCAUUUGGUAAUUCAACUUAGUUUAGUCCUGAAUUCUGUUAGAUUCAUGGAAUGUUAAACUCAACUGAAAUAGGGUGCUAGUUUCUCAUGCUUAAUUUGGUUGUCAGUGUCUUUUGGUCAAUUAGGAUUUUUUUUUUCCUGAAGUGAUCAUAUAGGAUGGAAAUAUGGGGGGUUUUGUGAACACCGUUUUUACUGUUCAAGGUA